GCUAAAUCGAGUAGAACUACUUUAUUUUUGGUUCCACCAGCCACACACACACCGGUACCUUUUCCUCUUGGGUAGUACCAUCACGAUUUUAUACGAGACUUCUCGACCGAUUGACUUCGGUACUAUUAACUUCUUGUCGUUCGCCAGGUGCCACUCUAGAACCAUCAUCAAGUGGACCUUUGUGUUCGGUGGUACCCAAAAGAAUAUGACGUUAGUGCUUCUAUUUUAUCAAAGGGUUUUGUGUAAAGUGAUUGUAUAACUAUUGGCUGCAUCCUGGAUUAUAAACCUGUUGCUGAUACCGUUUACGGAAACGGGCAUGAACCGCCACCCAAAUCUGGCCCUCAAUCUCAACCGUUGGUCCAGACGCCGCCCAUUUAUCGUAUGCCGCCCGUGCCGCCCUUCGCUGAAACUGGAAUACCCGGAUCGGCGGUCGCCUUUUCUUCUUUGGGACAACUUUAUACACACUCUAACAAAUUUCCAAUAGAACGUCAAAUUACUUUAUCGUCUACAGAGAAAAAUUUCAAAAUUCCCAUUUUGAACGACCUGAAAAAGAAAUCUAAAGGGGCUGUUAUAGCGCCUGAUGUACCCCCAAAACGAUUGACUGCUUGGACGAAUCAGGAUCAGAUGCAGCCACAUCAAAUUUACUCAGAUCAGACCCAUCAAAUUCAGCAAACACCCGAAUCAGUACUAUACCGAGCCUCAUAUUGUCCUGAGGUUGAAAUCUAUGCAAACCACGGCCUACCAACAUCUCAAACCAACGAAAUUCAACCGGCUGAACCAGGAAUUCAAUCCACAUUAGACCAAAAUGAGAGUCCUAAAACUAACAAGGGAGUCACCAAAACCUAUCACGCAUUAAAGGACAUAAUUUCAGGCAAAUUUCGAGGCAAAGAGCCUGAUAAACCAGACAUUACUGGUUUAAAUAAUGAAACAAUUAUUAGGAAACCUCCAAUGGAAAAUCUACCAAUAAUAGCAGAGCCUGAGCCAAACAGGCUAAAUUCAGGACAAGUUUAUCCUCCAUCAGUUCCUGAACCUCACCAAUACAAUCAACACAUCCUUCAACAGCACAUGGUCCAACAAUCCCAUCAUCAAUAUUAUGCUCAACAAUUGAGAAGUCAACAGCAACAUUAUUCUCAUAUGAUACCACCAAGGGCUCAAAGGGUAGAGGAUCAUAAACCGUUCAUGGGGCAACAAUUUUACAAUAAUGCUGACACUUCUUUUGAAAGAAGAAGUGCUCAACAAAUCGAAAGGGACAAUUUGAAGCAACAGAAAAAUUUAGAAGCACGACGCACCUUGUCACAUCCUCAUUUGUUGGUGGAUGAAGAUGAUAAUGCAAAUUCUCAACCCCCAGUAAAUGUUAGAAGAGGCUCUUUGGGAAAUAUUUUGGAAACAAACAUUAAUCAUCAAGAAAGCGACGACGGUGGUUUUUUAAACAGGACCGCUUCAAAAGAAAAAUAUUUUAAUCAAAAAGAAGUCCCUGUUUCUGUCCAAGAGAAUAAUAAUAAAGCCAAAGCAAUUGAAACGUCACAAGGCGACACACCAAAAAGAAGAGGAGUGGAAAAUGAAGCUGGUGAAAGGGAUCGAGCUUCCAAUAUCGAUUCUGGAAGAGGUAGUGCUGCUUAUAGUAGUGGAAGAAGACCACAAAUGGAUGAUAUUAUCGAUACUGCUAGGACAUCGCCGAGAGGAUAUAAUGAUGAUACUAAUGAUCAAGAAAACGAUUCUGAAUGGGUGGACAUAGUUGAAAAAGAGCUCAGAAACAUUUUAGAACCAAAAUUGCUCGAACUCUCAUUACGAGGCAGUAAUCAUGGCAUUACAAGAUCGACUGUAAGUGGAAGCAUCUCUUCAAUUACACCACCUCUACCACCGUUAGGAGGAGGAUCACCUAAAGCAAAUUUCAAAGGCCAAUUGCCUACAUCAGGAAGAAAUUUACAUUAUGAUGCUUACAAAGCAGGAAAAUUGCACUCCACUUAUGAGGAUAGUACGAAAAUGAAUAAAUAUGGCAAGAAAAUCGAUUAUAAUACAGCUAUGAGGGGUAAACAAAUUUUCGGUCUGGACAGUACAGAUUUUACAUCGACAACAACAAGAUCUUUGGAUUUAGAAUCGAUUUUGGAUGGUCAAAGCGAUUCUGACGCUAAUUUGAGUGUGGCUGAUACUAAAGCGAUCCGCAGACAAUUGGAAGGCUUGGAAAAUAUGUACUCGGAAGUUUUGAAGUUUUUAGGAGUCAACAAAAGGCCUGGGGCUAAUAGAUAUCAACCUUCGGAUCCUAGGAUCCAUAAGAAGAGACAUGGUAGUAUGUCUUCAUUGCCAUCUUCCUCAGUAAGUUCAGUAAGAAGAGAACGGCGCUACAUCAGAGGAAUUCCAGUAGAAGACAGACGCAGAAACGUUCGAGAACCCAAAACCACAGCCCGUCGUUUCCAAAGACUGGAAGCCCACGUGGUCACUCUGGCAAGAAGCGUAGCUCAUUUGUCCAGCGAGAUGAGAACUCAGCAUUUAGUGGUCCAGGAAAUUGAGUCUGUGAGACAAGAAGUUGCUGCGUUACGUGCUCAAACCAAUAUGCUGAAUAUACGAUCUCACUCUUCUAGGCCUACGGCCAACGUAGAAUUGCCCAGUCUAGCAAAUCCUACAAGGGUUAAAAAGUUGACAAAGUUUUUUGGAGAUGAACCGCCCUUGUUGAGGUUGUUUUUGAGGAAGCUUGGAUAUGAGAAAUAUGCCAACGUUUUCGAAACUGAAAAAAUUGGUAUGGUAGAGUUGCCUUACCUAACAGAAGAGAGGCUACAAAAAAUGGGAAUCCCCCUAGGACCCAGACUCAGGAUAAUGCAAGAAGCCCAAAUAUCUGUGUACAAUGAUAACACAUUAUGUAUUGUAUAGAUUAUAAUUAUUUUUAUAUUGAAAUUGAAAAACUUAUAAUAAAAUUAAUGAAUUUAAUUUAUUAAAAAGCAGUGAGACAAAACUACAACAGGUUAAUGAAAAUUAAGUGAAAUAAUUAAUAAUACUAAAAGCAUAUUUUGUUGCUGUUGAGAUUUUUAGGUCAUUGUGUUGACCUGCAAAGAAACAAAAAUAAAAAUUGCAUCCUAGAAUAAACAAAAAAAAAUACUUACAAUAUCGUCAAUUUUCAAAAUCGAUCUCACAGUUUCUGUAGCAAAAGACAAAGCAGAAGUGGUUACCAAAAGAGGCUGAAUGACAUUUUCCUCUAGGAUAUCUGAAAUGCACCCUUUACGGACAUUUAUACCAGCAGAUACCUCGUUUUUAGCAUGUCUAUUCCUCAAUUCUGUAACAGUCU